CUGCUGAAAGAUGAAGGACUACAGUUUCUACAGAGGCUUUAUAUGAAGAGGAACUCACUCACCACGCUGCCGGAUAAUCUAGCACAGAAGCUCCCCAAUUUAAUAGAGCUGUAUCUGCAUUCCAACAAUAUAACCUGUGUUCCUGAAGCUAUAGGUAACCUGUCCAGGCUGCAGUCUUUAGACCUGAGUGACAACGCUCUGCAAGUCAUCUGUCCGGAGAUCGGCAGGCUGAGGUCCUUACGACACCUGAGACUGGCCAACAACCAGCUGAAAUACCUGCCUCCAGAGAUUGGAGCCCUGUGUGACCUAGAGACCCUGGAUGUCAGUAGGAAUGUGUUGGUGUGUCUCCCAGAGCGGCUGCACCAGUGUCUGUCUCUCCAGUGUCUCACUGCUGACAGGAACAACCUGACCAGCUUCCCCAGACAGCUCUGCCAACUCCACAGCCUCAACGAGCUCAGUAUGGCUGCUAACCAACUCACCUCUCUACCCCUAGGUUAGUAUGGGGUCAGAGGUCACCACAGCCUCAACCAGCUCAGUAUGGCUGCUAACCAACUCACCUCUCUACCCCUAGGUUAGUAUGGGGUCAGAGUUCACCACAGCCUCAACCAGCUCAGUAAUGCUGCUAACCAACUCACCUCUCUACCCCUAGGUUAGUAUGGGGUCAGAGGUCAACACAGCCUCAACCAGCUCAGUAUGGCUGCUAACCAACUCACCUCUCUACCCCUAGGUUAGUAUGGGGUCAGAGUUCACCACAGCCUCAACCAGCUCAGUAUGGCUGCUAACCAACUCACCUCUCUACCCCUAGGUUAGUAUGGGGUCAGAGUUCACCACAGCCUCAACCAGCUCAGUAUGGCUGCUAACCAACUCACCUCUCUACCCCUAGGUUAGUAUGGGGUCAGAGUUCACCACAGCCUCAACCAGCUCAGUAUGGCUGUUAACCAACUCACCUCUCUACCUGUAUCACCUCUAUCAGAAUCCUAUUGGACCCUAUAUGAUUCUCACAUCCUAUUGGAUGUUGUAUCACCUCAUCAGAAUCCUAUUGGACCCUAUAUGAUUCUCACAUCCUAUUGGAUGUUGUAUCACCUCAUCAGAAUCCUAUUGGACCCUAUAUGAUUCUCACAUCCUAUUGGACCCUAUAUGAUUCUCACAUCCUAUUGGAUGUUGUAUCACCUCAUCACAAUCCUAUUGGACCCUAUAUGAUUCGCACAUCCUAUUGGACCCUAUAUGAUUCUCACAUCCUAUUGGACCCUAUAUGAUUCGCACAUCCUAUUGGACCCUAUAUGAUUCUCACAUCCUAUUGGACCCUAUAUGAUUCUCACAUCCUAUUGGAUGUUGUAUCACCUCAUCAGAAUCCUAUUGGACCCUAUAUGAUUCUCACAUCCUAUUGGACCCUA